AUGAGACAGAAGCGCGCCAAAGCUUACCGCAAGCUCCUCCACUCCUACACCCGACACUUUGGGUUCCGCACCCCCUACCAAAUCCUCGUGGAUGCUGACUUCCUCCAAACCGCCCACGCCUCGAAGAUCGAUGUUGCGGCCGCUCUCCGCCGAACCAUGCAAGACGAUGUCAAACCAAUGAUAACACAAUGUUGUAUGGCGGCUCUCUACAAAUUGGGACGGGAGGGACAGGCGGUGGUGGAUGUGGCGAAAGAAUUCGAGAGGAGAAAGUGUGGGCAUUUCGGGGAUAAGACAAAGGAGUCCGGGGAGUGUAUCAGGAGUUUGGUGAACAUUGAGGGUGAGAACAAACAUCGCUAUUGUGUCGCUACGCAAUCUUAUGACUUGAGAGGGGAGUUGAGGGGGAUAGCGGGUGUGCCGUUAAUGUUCAUCAACCGUGCCGUCUUGAUCUUAGAGCCCGAGUCGGAUGCGACGGCACAGUUCAAGCUCAGGGAGGAACGCCAGAAGUUGGGCUUGUCAACAUACGAGAAGGAACUUCUUUCAGGAAAGAAACGGAAGAGGGAAGGUGAGGAGGAUAACGUCGUCGGUGGCGAAGCCCUUGACGAAAUCGAACGCACACGCGAAGAAAAGGAAAAGAAGCGGCUGAAGAAGCUAGGACCAAAAGCACCCAACCCUCUCUCCGUCAAGAAAAAGAAGAAGGAAACCAGUACUGGACCAAAAGAUGCGAAUGGCGCACAGAAUAACACACGUGAGGGCGUGAUGGAGGAGAGUGCGGAGGCACAAGAGGCGGGGGAGAUCAAGUCUGGCAAGCGUAGAAGAAGAAGAAGGGGGAAUAAGAAUGGUGGGGAGGAAGAUCACGCGAAUGGGAGUGGAGGUGAGGGAGGAGAUGAGUCGGAUUUCUAA